ACUUCCGUUUCCGGCGUGAUGCAGGAAGAGAGACGCUUAAUGGCGGCCUAGGCGGGUGGGUUGUGUGUGUUCGGAGAUGGCCGUGUCCGAGUGGCACAUCGCGGUGAAGCUGGCGGACCAGCCCUUGGCCCCCAAAUCCAUCUUACGGUUACCUGAGACCGAGCUCGGGGAGUGCCCGCUGGGGGGGUGCAGCAUCUCCCACCUCAAGCAGCUGAUCACCGGGAAACUGCAAGAGUCCGUCCCGGACCCCGAGCUCAUCGAUCUGAUCUACUGUGGCCGUAAGCUGAGGGAUGACCAGACGCUUGAUUUCUAUGGCAUCCAAUCUGGUUCCACCGUUCACGUCCUGCGCAAGUCCUGGCCUGAGCCUGAUCAGAAACCAGAGCCAGUAGACAAAGUGGCAGCGAUACGGGAGUUCCGUGUCCUUCACACAGCCCUACACAGCAGUCCUGCUUACAGAGAUGCGGUGUUCAAAAUGCUGGGGAACAAGGAGUCAUUGGAUCAGAUCAUUGUUGCUACUCCUGGCCUUAGCAGUGACCCAGUUGCUUUGGGCGUCCUGCAGGACAAGGAUCUCUUCUCAGUGUUUGCAGACCCCAACAUGUUGGACACGUUAAUACCGGCUCACCCUGCACUUGUGAAUGCCAUUGUCCUUGUCCUGCACUCGGUGGCAGGCAGCACCCCACUCCCAGCCCCAGAGACAUCCUCCCGUGGCAUGUCCUCUGGCUCCUACCGUGACAUGCCGGGUGGCUUUCUGUUUGAAGGUCUCUCUGAUGAUGAAGAUGACUUUCACCAGAGCACAAGGUCAACACCAUCCAGCAGCACUUCUGGUUCUCGCCCAGCUUCCCUUGGUUACUCUGGGGCUGCUGGACCACGACCAAUUACCCAGAGUGAGCUGGCAACUGCAUUGGCACUGGCCAGCACACCAGAGAGCAGCUCCCACACACCAACUCCUGGUACCCAGGGUCACUCCUCUGGGACCUCCCCUAUGUCAUCCAGUGUCCAGUCAGGAACACCCAUCACCAACGACCUCUUCAGCCAGGCCUUGCAGCAUGCCCUGCAGGCCUCAGGGCAGCCCAGUCUGCAGAGCCAGUGGCAGCCACAGCUUCAGCAGCUACGAGACAUGGGUAUACAUGAUGAUGAACUAAGUCUCCGGGCCCUGCAAGCUACUGGAGGGGACAUUCAGGCUGCCUUAGAGCUUAUCUUUGCUGGUGGGGCUCCGUAGCUCUGGGCAGGAGGGGCUGGACCACCAUGUGGCACUGCUAUUCCUUGGUCUGGGACUCAACCCCAAAGCUCUCUAGGGAAUGGAGCAGCUGAAGUGGCUGCUUCUAUCCGUGCAGGUGGGUUGUGGGCUCCUGUUUGAGAGCACGGGGCAAUCUGAGGACAGUUCCUCCAGCUCCUGUGAUCUCUCUCCAGCCUUCUCCUCAUUCUGACCACCAUUAUUGAGACCUCAAAGCCUUGAUCAGCACGGAUUAAAACGCAACUGUGUGUGCUGGGAAGAUGUAGCACGGUUCUGCAGUUAGAUCUGGUGACCUGCUGUACUAUCGCCUGCUGUUUCAUUCCUGCCCACCUGGCACGUCUCCUUUUGCUGUUGUGGUCUCUCCCUGUGUUUGACUGUAUUAAAUGGACUGUAUCCACUUG